AUGACGACAUCAUCUUGGGAAGAAACAGCAACGCAGAAGCGCGAGGCCAUCUUGGCCGCUAUACCGAAAGAAUGGCGACUAGAGAAGUUGCCGUCUGUAGAGGAACAAGUUGAUGUCACCGAAUACGUGAAGCAGUACUUCAGCGAGAAAGAGCUCGAGAUCACAGAAAGCAGCGCGGACGUUACUGCGAAGACAGUGGCUGAGGGAAAGUGGACCGCUGAGGAGGUCACGAGGGCAUUCUGUCACCGAGCUGCCGUGGCGCAUCAGCUACUACACUGCCUACAUGAGAUCUUCUUCGAUGCUGCCAUUCAAGAUGCAAAGGCCCUAGAUGCAUACUAUGCCAAACACAAGAAGACACUUGGGCCUCUUCAUGGCCUACCUAUCUCACUCAAAGAUCAGUUUCAUGUCAAAGAUGUCGAGACCAGUAUGGGUUACGUAGGCUGGAUCGGCACCUUCGAAGGUAAGAAGGGUACUGGUAAAGAGAAGGUCUUCGAAAGUGAGAUGGUGAAGAUGCUGCGGAAUGCAGGGGCUGUGUUAUACUGCAAGACGAGUGUGCCGCAUACUCUUAUGAGUGGCGAGACCAUCAACAAUAUCAUUGGGUAUACACUUAACCCGAAGAACAGGCAUUUGACUGCUGGUGGUAGCUCAGGCGGUGAAGGCGCAUUGAUUGGUAUCAGAGGAUCGCCAGUAGGAUUCGGUACUGAUAUUGGCGGCUCCAUCCGUAUCCCCGCCGCCUUCAACGGACUGUAUGGCCUCCGCCCCUCUACUGGUCGCCUGCCAUACGAAGGCAUGGCAAAUUCAAUGGAAGGUCAAAACACUGUUCUUUCAGUAGUCGGACCUCUCGCGACCAACGCAGCCUCCUUACGCCUCGUCACCCAAGCCCUCCUCCAACAAGAACCUUGGCUUCACGACCCAUUAGUCCAUGAAAUGCCCUGGCGUGCCGAUCAAGAGUCCGAGAUUAAGUCUGCAAAGAAGCUUUGCUUCGGCGUCUUACGAACAGACGGCAUAGUGAACCCCCACCCACCCGUCAGCCGCGCGAUCGAAAUGGUUGUCAAAGCUUUGCGCUCCGCUGGACACGAAGUCAUCGACUGGCAACCACCUUCUCACCGCACUAUCAACGAUACUGGUUUCAACUCGUGGAUCUACGAUGCAGGAAAAGAUGUCCGUUCCGCAUUUGCGCUCUCAGGCGAGCCAAUGGCACCUCAGGUCUCGUUUUACCAAUCCCUUGAAAAAGAGUACACUGCCAGCGAGAUCGCUGCUAUAAACGUCGAGGUGCGCCGCUUGAAGAAGGAGUACAUGGAGUACUGGAACAGCACCGUUGACAAAACGGGUACUGGUAGGCCCGUCGAUGCGAUCAUUUGUCCUCUUGCGCCGUUCCCUGCUGCGAGGAAAGAGAAGUACAAGUACUAUGGCUACUCGACGUGGGUGAACACGCUAGAUUACACAAGUGUUGUUGUACCGGUCACAAAUGCAGAUAAGAGUGUUGACAAGAAGGACGAGGGUUACAAAGCGAUUGACGAGCAGGAUAAGAGAAUCCAGGAUGAUUAUGACCCGGAGAUCUACGACGGUGCGCAUGUUAGUGUGCAGCUUGUUGGACGGAGACUGCAGGAAGAGAAGAUGCUUGCGGUUGCGGAGUAUGUAGGCGGUCUUCUCCACGUGUAG